GCCCACGCCAAGGACCUGCGUCUGUCGUCUCCUCUCCCGCCGCUCAGGGGAGCAGUCUGAGCCGCACCAGCAGGAAUUCUGUCCUUUGCCAUUGUUGUUUGUGAAGAUGGAAAACUUAUUAUCUCGGGAGCCAAGCUUUUCCUUGAGAUAACUGAAACUUGUGCCUUAAGUUUCCCUGGCAAGAACGUCCCCCACGAUGGCAGAGGAGAGCAGCAGUCGCGGGGACUGCGCGUCCUGCAGCGUGCUCAGCUGGGACCAGGUGAGCCGGCUGCACGAGGUCCUGAACGAGGUCGUGCCCGUGCACGGGCGAGGCAACUUCCCCACCUUGGAGAUCACCCUGAAGGACAUCGUCCAGACCGUGCGCGGCCGCCUGGAGGAGGCAGGCAUCCAAGUGCAGGACGUCCGUCUGAACGGCUCUGCCGCUGGCCACGUCUUGGUCAAAGACAACGGCUUGGGCUGCAAAGACCUGGACCUCAUCUUUCACGUGCCUCUUCCCACCGAGGUAGAAUUCCACCUGGUCCGGGACGUGGUCCUGUGCUCCCUCCUGAACUUCCUGCCGGAGGGCGUGAACAAGCUCAAGAUCAGCCCGGUCACCCUGAAGGAGGCCUACGUGCAGAAGCUGGUGAAGGUGUGCACGGACACCGACCGCUGGAGCCUCAUCUCCCUCUCCAACAAGAACGGGAGGAACGUGGAGCUCAAGUUCGUCGACUCCAUCCGGCGCCAGUUUGAGUUCAGCGUGGACUCCUUCCAGAUCAUCCUGGACUCUCUGCUCGUCUUCUACGACUGCUCCAGCCAGCCCAUCUCUGAGCACCUGCACCCCACGGUGAUCGGGGAGAGCAUGUACGGGGACUUCGAGGAAGCCUUGGACCACCUGCAGAACAGGCUGAUCGCCACCAAGAACCCCGAAGAGAUCCGGGGCGGGGGCCUGCUCAAGUACAGCAACCUCCUCGUGCGGGACUUCAGGCCCACCGACCAGGAGGAGAUCAAGACGCUGGAGCGCUACAUGUGCUCCAGGUUCUUCAUCGACUUCCCGGACAUCCUGGAGCAGCAGAGGAAGCUGGAGACCUACCUUCAGAACCACUUCGCCGAGGAGGAGAGGAGCAAGUACGACUACCUCAUGAUCCUGCGCAGGGUCGUGAACGAGAGCACCGUGUGCCUCAUGGGGCACGAGCGCAGGCAGACCCUGAACCUCAUCUCCCUCCUGGCCUUGCGCGUGCUGGCCGAACAGAACAUCAUCCCCAGCGCCACCAACGUCACCUGUUACUACCAGCCGGCUCCGUACGUCAGCGACGGCAACUUCAACAACUACUACGUGGCCCAACCUCCCGUGACCUACAGCCAGCCCUACCCCACCUGGCUGCCCUGUAACUAACCUUGAGACCUGAGGGUUUUCUCAGUGGGAACCCCCAGAGGGCAAGGGCUCUCAGGUAGGGGAGCCUCCUUCUAGAUGUAGGUGUUUGGCUUUUAAAGGGGAACUCAGCUCUGGUUUUGCUUUUUUUUUUUCUUUGUGGACCCAUUGGAAUGGGUCUGCAGUGUAUCAUGAGCCAACCCUGAAGGGACCCGGUGUUGCAGUGCCACUUUGGAAAAUGCUGUAGGAAGUAUGGCCUAUCCACUUCUUUUCAAGACAGACGCCAACACGUCACGUCCCGAAUGGCAGUGCAGGGGCCAGAGCUCUGUGCGGUCAUUGGGACUGGGGACCGCGUGGGCAGCCGACGAGAGGGGCGAAGCUGCUCGUCUCCCUGGAGCCUGGAGUAGGCUGUGCUGGCCCUCGCUCGCUCGCUCGGGAUUCUCAGUGACAUGAAAGUUGUGCUGAUAGUCUAUUUUCUUGUAUCAGCUUUAGCUAGGCAUGCCAUUGUAAACACGAGGGUGCUCCUUUUUGUUCAGAGGACUACAUGGUUUAUGUUUAUUCCCUGUCAGCAGAGCUGAGGAUUGCUUUCAUCAAUAAACCAAAGCCAAUCGCUGGAGAAUCGAGGUCUGGUUGGAAGUGGUAUAUGGUUUAGAUGCUGUGCUAUCCUGAGGAAUUGUGUGAGAUAUUGCUGAGGAAAAAAGAAAAAGGAAAAAAAAAAAAAAGGCCUUGUCGUGAACUAUAACUUGAAAACAAAAUAAAAUGUGGAACCUAAUGUUAAAAUAGAAUUAUGGUGGUGGUGGGGGGGUGAUUGUAAAUAGGAAACAUGAAUGUUCCAUUUUUUUUUUUUUCUUUAAGGAAUUCUCUGGAAUGACACUUCUCGUUUCCUCAUCAACUCAUCACUUCUGUUUUUCUCUUCCUGAGACGAAGGGUUGUGUGUCUAGGGUCAUGGUGGUGACUGGCGUGUGGGGGUCUCCCACGCUUUAAUUGGAAACCCACUUUGAUCACAUUCCAAGUAUGACAAGCUGUUCUGUUCUGGAGUACUUGGGCUGAUUUUUUUGUUGUUGCUGUUUUUCAAAAGUAGAGAUUUUUCUCCUCCAGGUUUCGUUGGACAGCAAAUGAAUUCAGGAAUUCCCGUAGACCGGCGUGACCUGUGGGAGGACCUGCCCUUGUGGGCGGAGUUCUUUGGCUCUCAGUUGCUUUAGAAUGAACUGCUGUCCCCACGCCGCGCUGUGCAAGGGGAGGUGGUGGAGCAUCAGGUGGGGGCUGAGCGUCCAGCCAGGCCUGGUGUGCACCAGCCGAGCGGAGGCCCCUGACAAGGAUCGAUUCUGGUGUGCCUGGGGAAGGAUUGAGUGAAUCAAGAAUAAUCUUCCUUAUUCCGGUAGAUUUGACCAGACCUGUUUGUAUUCUGCACUUUAGAAGGAAAACAGUAUUAACCUCUAGUCUAAAGCAAGCUUAGUCAGUGGGAGAGUUCCAGGCUGUUGCUUUCCCAGUAGAUUAAAGAAGGGAUUUUGUGUGUUGAAACGUUAUGUACGAUCUCUUAGCAAGCAUCACUUCAGGGUGUCAAGGGCAAAGAAAUUCAAUAUUGCCAGCCAGCCUGGUUUCUAAAGUGAUUUAAUCUAACCUUGUGGUCCUGAUGUUAAAUUUCUCCCGUGGCCAGAAAAACCCGAAACCCCGAGUGAUUGCUUUCUCCUUGCUUUAAUAAGCAGUGAAGUUACCUUGAUGCAAAAAUGCUUUAUAGAAAAGGAGUGGUUUGCCUUUUUCUGAAGAUUGUAUUGUCAGGUGUUUUGUUUUGUUUUCUUCUAGAAUGUGAUGUUUUGGUCCUCUUAAAACAGAUGAACCCCAAGGCUUACCUGGUCUCCAGGUUGUGCUGUGUUAGGUGGACAGGAGCCACUUCUUAGGGUAACCAGCUCCUGUUUCCCUGGGUGCCAGUCACAUGUAAGUUCACUGGCUGUGAGUCAAGGCCCAUCGACAUUGGAGGGGCGGGGGCGGGGUGCUUCAGUGUGAAAAGGGGGACAAUGAAGACUUUAAAAACAAGGCGGUCAUCCAUGGUGGUCAGAUGGCAGCAUGUUUGCCCCCAAAUGGCAGAUCUGCUUAACCAGAUGUUAACUGUGACGAAGCUGCCAGCACAAGCCCUUGCAAACAGGAGUCAGUACUGCACGCACCCAGGAGGCUUGGGGACGGGGCGGAAGGCUCCCGAGGAAGGUAGGGCCGGAACCCCACCAAGGAAUUACAUUUCAGUGUGGCCUUGGCGUUCUUUCUGCUCAUUGUUUUUCCUAGCUGGUACUAGUCCUUCUUUGAGGGGAGGCACAGAAGAUGCUAGAAAUUCCCAGCCCCCCCCAGUUCUUGGCCACCCCUGCAGGACGGCCGGCUGGGUACAGUCUCUUCACCUGGAGUCUCAGGCAGCCCGGCCGCUUUGGAGUUUGAGAGGAGUUUGUUGGAGAGCCCCCAGGGGGGAAAGCUGCAGGGACCCUGGGUUUGCCUGCCUCAGAUCAGCCCGGGGAACCUUGGGCUCCAGUGUCUGGAAAUUCCAGCCGCAGCCUGCCUUUCGUGCUGCUCACAAGCACCAGGCACUCUGAACUCGCUCUGGGCCCAGCGGGUCUUCUCUGCGUGUUGAGUAACAUGAAACUCGGCAGCGGCCAAGGGCACUAACGUUCAAGUGCAAGUUCUCCGUGCAUUUCAGCAGCCCCCUUGGCUCCUGGGGACAGCUCUCCGAGGCUUCCUCCCGGCUGCUGCAGGGAACCAGGCUGAGCAGCAGGGAUGAAAGCAGGAGCUCUCCCCUGUGCUGGCAGAAGGGCACGCACUAAGUUCCUGGCCCUGCGCUUCCGUCUCCCCUCAGACCUCACCUUGGCAGGGAGACGCUCUUCCGCACUCCAUAACUCCAGCUCGGAAACUGAACUCCCUAUCACCACCACCUUAAAUCAGGGUUCCUGCCGACAGCCUGUGGGCUGUGGCCGGAGCCACACCCGGGGGCCUGGCAGAUGGGGGAGUCGGGGAGGAGCAAAGCCGGGUUCCUGAUAUAGGGCAGCGAAAGUGGUUUGGCAUUUAAGGUUUUUUUCCCCCCAGUUUGACUUUUCCCCUGGAGAUUUGAGGUAUCGGUGAGCUGCCUGUGAACCUGUGUGCUUUCUGCGUGGGUUUGUGUGUCUGUGCGGUUUUGUUUUGUGACGAUGCAUUAAUAAACAAACGGCGAAAGCCCCGCACUGCGUGUCCCGCACCCUCUCCGCGGGCCCUGGCCCCUUCCCUUCCGGUGGGGAGGAUUUGAACUAGUACCGCUUUCUUAACUGCGGGAAACGGUGCCAAUCAAAAGCAACUUGCCGACUCUGGGAGUACCUCCUCUCUAGUGAGCCUUCUGGGACGGGGGCCUUGUUUUAGGGGGCAGCUAUUCUGAGCUUCACUGUUCUCUUUCAGAAAACAAAUGGCAGUUAUCCAGGUGUGAGGAGAGACCCCAAAGCUCACCUGUGCCGUUACGUCUGGGGUGUCAGAUUGGGGCUCCACACUAGGGCGAACCCUUCCGGGGGGCGGGGUCAGUGAGGUGGCAGAACUUUGAGUUGCCAAGGUUACAUUUGUACCCUUAACCUGGCAGAGACCAGAAUGUCACAGCUGACUUUGGAACAUACUCAGAUCCAGCCGGUGCCAUUCAGAGGACCAGGGGAAGUGUGUGUGUGUGUGUUUUGGGGGGUCGGGGGGGGGGGGCAGCCGUAUAUUUAAAAAGACCUGGCAACUUUUCAGGAUUAUUUGUGGAGACUGCCAAGGUGAGGAUCAGGAACGAAAAUGCUUUUUUUUGUGUGAGUUCAAGUUCUAAAUCUUGUUGACCUAUCACUUACCAAAAAAUAGGUUAAGUGUCAGCAAAAGAAAUGCUUGGAUUUUUGCCUGGGCUGGUGAGAGUUGGUGCAAAUUUUCAUGUUUGCAUAGGAGGUGAGGAGACCAUCCACCAAAGAGGAAGUCGUUAAAUAACAUGGAUCUGUGGGUGUUUUAAAACUCCAAGCCAUCUGGAUUUUUUUUUUUUUUUUUGCUUUUUUUUUAAUGGAUUUAAAAAAAACUGGUUUAGGAAAAUUGAGAGUUUAUAUCCCUUAACUUCCAAAUUCAUGUAGGUAAAAGUAAGACACCCAUUAGACUAAAUUGAAAGUUUUCGUUCCUCUAGAUUUGCAUAACCUUGGAAAUGUUAAUUUGCUAGUGGUGCCUAGGAUGGGUGAGGUUUCCUCUCUGGUGUAAUGGUCGCUGACCUUCCUACGUGAAGCAGGUAAAGUCACUUGUCAAUGCAAAAUGUAUUAGAACUUGAUGAAAUAGCGCUUUGAGUUUGAGAAAUAAACGUAUAUUUAAACACA